UAACAAUACAAGAGUACUUUGCAAAACUCAUGCUGAGUUUUCACAUGUGCAUUAACUGGUCUUCACAUGUGCAUCUUUCAACAAAUGUACUAAAGCAAGAGGAGCCGUAAGGUGAACUGCAGGAAGAUCCCAGCCCUGGACGAGUAGGGCAGAGCCAGCCCAGGGGCACAGAGACACCACAGCUGUCUACUGGUGCAGCCCAUGCAACCAUGUCUCCCAGCCUUCAGGAAGGUACUCGGCAUGGGGAAAGCAAAUCCUCCCCCUGCUCCUUUUCAAUUGAGAGCAUUUUGGGACUGGACCAGAAGAAAGACUGUGUUCCAUCAAUGAAACUCCAUAGGCCCUCGGCAGACACCUGCGGCUCCUCAGAGAAAGAUGGGAACCUGUGUCUACAUGUCCCGAGCCUUCCUAAUGGGAUCUUAUUCCCUUGUACUGUCGGUCACCCGGUGCCCGAAGAAAGAGUUUUGAAAUAUGAAAAUUACUUUUCAGCUUCAGAAAGACUGUCUUUGAAAAGAGAGUUGAGUUGGUAUAGAGGCAGAAGACCAAGAACUGCUUUUACUCAAAACCAGAUUGAAGUUUUGGAAAAUGUCUUUAGAGUAAACUGCUAUCCUGGCAUUGAUAUCAGAGAAGACUUAGCUCAAAAAUUGAAUCUAGAGGAAGACAGAAUCCAGAUCUGGUUUCAAAAUCGGCGUGCAAAACUGAGGAGGUCCCAUAGAGAAUCACAGUUUCUAAUGGCGAAAAAAAAUUUCAACACGAGUGUCUUGGAAUAGAUAGAAAACUAAACACGUGAAAUUACCUUCCAAUUGCAGAACAUGAAGAGUCAAUAUCAACAGGAAAUACCAACUUUUUAAAAUGUGAUGUUUUCUUUUCUGCAUUUAAUCUGAAUAUUGUAAUUUUUUCUAAAAAUGUAUUGUAAAUAAUUACUAUUAUAUCAUGGUACCUAUUAUACUUGGGCACUUGUAGAUACCAUAAAGGCCUUUCCUAUAUAUUUUAAUAAACAUUGAGAAAAAGCCAGCUAUUUUUUAA